AUGUCAUUGAAGGUGCAGACGAGCAACAUCACGAAUAAGAAUGACCCCAAGUCCAUCAACUCCAGAGUCUUCAUUGGCAAUCUCAACACAGCCAUGGUCAAGAAGUCAGAUGUGGAGACCAUUUUCUCCAAGUACGGCCGAGUGGUGGGCUGCUCCGUUCACAAGGGGUACGCCUUCGUACAGUACUCCAACGAGAGGCACGCGCGUGCCGCUGUCCUGGGUGAGAACGGGCGUGUGCUUGCUGGCCAGACACUGGAUAUCAACAUGGCCGGGGAACCUAAACCUAACAGACCUAAAGGGCUGAAGAGAGCAGCCUCCGCGUUGUACAGCGGCUAUGACUUCGACUAUGACUAUUACAGAGACGACUUCUACGACAGGCUCUUUGAGUACCGGGGCCGAGUCUCUCCGGUGCCCAGGGUGGUUCCUGUGAAGCGGCCACGGGUGACCAUCCCCCUCGUCCGGCGCGUGAAGGCGACGCUCCCCGUCAAGCUCUUCGCCAGAUCGGCUGCCAUCGCCAACAGUUCGGCCAAGUUGAAGUUGAAGUGCAGCGAGCUGCAAACAAUCAAAACUGAGCUGACGCAGAUCAAAUCCAACAUUGAUGCUCUCCUGGGCCGGCUGGAGCAGAUCGCCGAAGAACAGAAGCUGUCCGCAGAUGUACGGAAGAAGGCAGAUGGCAACAAAAGCGAAGUCUCGCAGGAAGACACGGCAUCAGAGGCAGAGGUCAACACGGAGGAGCCGCUGAACGGGGACGAGGGUGAGGAAGAGGGUCUCGCACGGGAUGAGUGUGAAGAUGAACUGGAGAACAGCCAUUACACAGAUGUGGAGGAUGCCAGACUACAGUAACCAGCCCAUUCAGAACAGCAGUGAGCAACAGUGUGAGGAAAGCACGAGGCUAACCCCUGUCUUGGCACGUUGAGCAAGACAAGCUGAAUCGAAGUGAUGCUGUCAUCUCUACCUGGCAUUCAAAAGGAGAAAGAUGGCCCAACAUCUUCCAUCCAUCUGUAAAGCAAAGACAAAGAAAACUCAUCAUCCCAGUGAAUCCCCACUACCCCGUGCAAUGGAUUCAGAGCUCUGCAGCCAGCAGAGGCAGGAACCAGACCCUGCACAGUCCAUAACCAUCACUGACUGGAUAACGGGAGAGCGGUUGUGUCACCUAAUGAGUCAGAGAUGUUCUAGAGCUUUUUGUAGGAGAGGAGGGAGAACUAAGCCUAACCCAAUAAAGACAUUUUUUCCCUGUGCUAGGUGAGAGCCAGAGCAUUUGCUAACUGGGGGAAAAGUACUGUCUCAGUUUGGACAAUUUGUGUUCUCACGCUAAAGGUCAUGUUGAGGAAGAGGGCGUGGGGUGAGCU